CUGUCAUUUUUUGAGAUAGUAGUUAAUUGACAGCAAUAACAAUUAGACAGGAAAAUAUUCCACAUACCAGUAUUAUGACUAUGUCAGCUUAUAUAUAAAUAGCUCAGCAUAACGAAACACAAUAGUACUUCUCACAUGCUCGCCAUGGUAAGUCAGAACUCAAAAGUCAAUUUCAACACAAAGACUUCUUAGAGAAAUUAUCAGUCUUUCAGGUAUUUGCUGGUCCUUGCAAUUUUCGCCAUAUGCAUGGAUAUGGUUAAAUGUGCUCCUGAUAGAUUACGUCAAAUUCAUUUAAGGCAAGGCUCAUUAACUACAAUGCCAACAACCACAACUACAAUUACAGAUCUCUGUAUAAAACAUCCUAAUAUACCACCUUGUCGCACUACAACUCCAAUGUCAACCACACAGACAACCCCAGUGACAACACCAACGCCAACCGCAAUGACAACACCAACCCCAGUAACGACACCAACUCCUGUGACAACACCAACGCCAACCACAGUUACAACUUCAACCCCAGUGACAACACCAACGCCAACCACAGUAACAACACCAACGCCAGUGACAUCACCAACGCCGACAACAGUAACAACUCCAACCCCAGUGACAACACGAACGCCAACCGCAAUGACAACACCAACCCCAGUAACGACACCAACUCCUGUGACAACACCAACGCCAACCACAGUUACAACUCCAACCCCAGUGACAACACCAACGCCAACCACAGUAACAACACUAACCCCUGUGACAACACCAACGCCAGUGACAACACCAACGCCAACCCCUGUGACAACACCAACGCCAGUGACAACACCAACGCCAACCCCUGUGGCAACACCAACGCCAACCACAGUGACAACACCAACUGACAACACCAACGCCAACCCCUGUGACAACACCAACGCCAGUGACAACACCAACGCCAACCCCUGUGACAACACCAACGCCGACAACAGUAACAACUCCAACCACAGUAACAACACCAACCCCUGUGACAACACCAACGCCAGUGACAACACCAACGCCGACAACAGUAACAACACCAACCCCUGUGACAACACCAACGCCAACCAUAGUAACAACACCAACCCCUGGGACAACCGCAACGCCAACCUCUGUGACCACACCAACGCCAACCACAGUAACAACACUAACCCCUGUGACAACACCAACGCCAACCGCUGUGACAACACCAACGCCAACCACAGUGACAACAGCAGCCCCAGUGACAACACCCACGCCAACUACAAUGACAACACCAACCCCAGUGACAACAUCAACCCCAGUGACAACACCAACGCCAACCGCAAUGACAACACCAACCCCAGUAACGACACCAAAUUCUGUGACAACGCCAACCACAGUUACAACUCCAACCCCAGUGACAACACCAACGCCAACCACAGUAACAACACUAACCCCUGUGACAACACCAACGCCAGUGACAACACCAACGCCAACCCCUGUGACAACACCAACGCCAGUGACAACACCAACGCCAACCCCUGUGACAACACCAGCGCCAACCACAGUGACAACACCAACCCCAGUGACAACACCAACGCCAGUGACAACACCAACGCCAACCCCUGUGACAACACCAACGCCAACCAUAGUGACAACACCAACCCCAGUGACAACACCAACGCCAACCACAGUAACAACACCAACCCCUUUGACAACACCAACGCCAGUGACAACACCAACGCCGACAACAGUAACAACACCAACCCCUGGGACAACCGCAACGCUAACCUCUGUGACAACACCAACGCCAACCACAGUAACAACACUAACCCCUGUGACAACACCAACGCCAACCCCUCUGACAACAUCAACGCCAACCACAGUGACAACUCCAACCCCAGUGACAACACCAACGCCAACCACAGUGACAACACCAACGCCAACCCCUGUGACAACACCAACGCCAGUGACAACACCAACGCCAACCCCUGUGACAACACCAACGCCGACAACAGUAACAACUCCAACCACAGUAACAACACCAACCCUUGUGACAACACCAACGCCAGUGACAACACCAACGCCGACAACAGUAACAACACCAACCCCUGUGACAACACCAACGCCAACCAUAGUAACAACACCAACCCCUGGGACAACCGCAACGCCAACCUCUGUGACCACACCAACGCCAACCACAGUAACAACACUAACCCCUGUGACAACACCAACGCCAACCCCUCUGACAACAUCAACGCCAACCACAGUGACAACUCAAACCCCAGUGACAACACCAACGCCAACCACAGUGACAACACCAACCCCAGUGACAACACCAACGCCAACCCCUGUGACAACACCAACGCCAGUGACAAGACCGACGCCAACCCCUGUGACAACACCAACGCCGACAACAGUAACAACUCCGACCACAGUAACAACACCAACCCCUGUGACAACACCAACGCCAACCAUAGUAACAACACCAACCCCUGGGACAACCGCAACGCCAACCCCUCUGACAACAUCAACGCCAACCACAGUGACAACUCCAACCACAGUGACAACACCAACGCCAACCCCUCUGACAACAUCAACGCCAACCACAGUGACAACUCCAACCCCAGUGACAACACCAACGCCAACCACAGUGACAACACCAACGCCAGUGACAACACCAACGCCAACCUCUGUGACAACACCAACGCCAACCACAGUAACAACACCAACCCCUGUGACAACACCAACGCCAACCCCUCUGACAACAUCAACGCCAACCACAGUGACAACUCCAACCCCAGUGACAACACCAACUCCAACCACAGUGACAACACCAACGCCAACCCCUCUGACAACAUCAACGCCAACCACAGUGACAACUCCAACCCCAGUGACAAUACCAACCCCGACCACAGUAAUAACACAAACCCCUGUGACAACACCAAUGCCAACCACAAUCCCAACAACCGCAGUUACCACUUCAGUUCCAACCACAACUUCUUUGACUACAAGGACAGUGACAACCACAGUUUCCCCCACUAGUUCUGGAGGAGAGCACGAGCACCACAACCAUCACCACAUUCAUAAUCACCAUAUACCUUCAUUUCCUCUUCCGCUG